CCGCUUCCCCCCUCCCCGCUUCCCCGCGCGGCGGCGGGUCGCGCGGGCAGUGGCGGCGCGCGGGCGCCAGGGGGCGCUGGGGGUCCGGCGCGCGGCGGCGGCUGCGCCAUUGGCGGGUCGGAAAUGCCGCCAGAUGGCGGUUUAGGAUUGCGGCUCCGGUGAGCGCGGCCCCCGCCAGCGCCGCCGCCCCGGCCCCGGCCCGCACCCGCCCGGACCCCGCACGCCAGCCGCUCCGCAGGCUCCCGGGGUGCCGCCCGACCCGGCGCGGAGCGGCCCGAGACUGGACUUUGACAUUAUUUAAUGAAAGAGUAGUUGUCUUAUAACAACUUUGAGAAGAAGUUCUAUGUAGCUCUUACUUUCAAGAGUGCUGCAAAAAUGAUUACUUCAGAUUUGCCAGUACUACAGGAUUCUACAAAUGAAACUACUGCACAUUCAGAUGCUGGCAGUGAGCUUGAAGAAGCAGAAGUCAAAGGAAAAAGAAAAAGGGGCCGUCCUGGCAGGCCUCCAUCUGCCACUAAGAAACCUCGGAAGUCUCCAGCAGACAAGGGUCGUUCUGAAUCUGGAGCUAGAGGAGCAAGUCGUGGAAGAGCUAAUGGCCACCCUCAGCAGAAUGGAGAAGGGGACCCUGUCACUUUGUUUGAAGUGGUUAAGCUGGGGAAGAGUGCUAUGCAGUCUGUGGUGGACGACUGGAUUGAAUCAUAUAAACAAGACAGGGACAUAGCACUUCUGGAUUUAAUCAACUUCUUUAUCCAGUGUUCAGGAUGUCGAGGUACUGUAAGAAUUGAAAUGUUCAGGAACAUGCAAAAUGCAGAAAUCAUAAGGAAAAUGACAGAAGAAUUUGAUGAGGACAGUGGUGAUUAUCCACUUACCAUGCCUGGGCCACAGUGGAAGAAGUUUCGAUCCAACUUCUGUGAGUUCAUUGGAGUGCUCAUUCGACAGUGUCAGUAUAGCAUCAUUUAUGAUGAAUACAUGAUGGACACAGUGAUCUCUCUUCUGACUGGUUUGUCAGAUUCCCAGGUCCGGGCUUUCAGGCACACCAGUACAUUAGCUGCUAUGAAGCUUAUGACUGCUCUUGUGAAUGUUGCCUUAAACCUGAGCAUUCAUCAGGAUAAUACACAGAGGCAGUAUGAAGCUGAGAGAAACAAAAUGAUUGGCAAAAGAGCUAAUGAAAGAUUGGAGCUGCUGCUUCAGAAAAGAAAAGAGCUACAAGAAAACCAAGACGAAAUUGAAAAUAUGAUGAACUCUAUUUUUAAGGGUAUUUUUGUUCAUAGAUACCGUGAUGCUAUUGCUGAGAUUAGAGCUGUCUGUAUUGAAGAAAUUGGUGUCUGGAUGAAAAUGUACAGUGAUGCCUUCCUGAAUGAUAGUUAUUUAAAAUAUGUUGGCUGGACACUACAUGACAGGCAAGGUGAAGUGAGGUUGAAGUGUUUGAAAGCUCUUCAGAGUCUGUAUACCAACAGAGAGUUAUUUCCAAAACUGGAGCUGUUCACUAAUAGAUUCAAGGAUCGCAUUGUAUCAAUGACACUUGAUAAGGAAUAUGAUGUCGCUGUGGAAGCUAUUCGAUUAGUCACGCUAAUACUUCAUGGAAGUGAAGAAGCUCUGUCAAAUGAAGACUGUGAGAAUGUUUAUCACUUGGUGUAUUCAGCACACCGGCCUGUUGCAGUAGCGGCUGGAGAAUUCCUACACAAAAAACUGUUCAGCAGACAUGAUCCCCAAGCUGAAGAGGCUCUAGCAAAGAGAAGGGGGCGAAAUAGUCCAAAUGGAAACCUUAUUAGAAUGUUGGUUCUUUUCUUUCUUGAAAGUGAGUUGCAUGAACAUGCAGCCUAUUUGGUGGACAGUUUGUGGGAGAGCUCUCAAGAACUGUUGAAAGACUGGGAAUGUAUGACAGAAUUGCUCUUGGAGGAACCAGUCCAAGGAGAGGAAGCAAUGUCCGACCGGCAGGAGAGUGCUCUUAUUGAGUUGAUGGUGUGUACAAUCAGACAAGCUGCUGAAGCACAUCCUCCAGUAGGCAGAGGCACUGGCAAGAGAGUCUUGACAGCGAAAGAAAGAAAAACUCAGAUAGAUGACAGGAAUAAAUUGACUGAGCAUUUCAUUAUUGCACUUCCUAUGUUGCUAUCCAAGUACUCCGCUGAUGCCGAGAAGGUUGCAAAUCUCCUGCAAAUCCCUCAGUAUUUUGACCUGGAAAUCUAUAGCACGGGCAGAAUGGAAAAGCAUCUCGAUGCCUUACUGAAACAGAUUAAGUUUGUUGUGGAAAAACAUGUGGAAUCGGAUGUUCUCGAAGCCUGCAGCAAAACCUACAGCAUACUCUGUAGUGAAGAAUAUACAAUCCAGAACCGAGUUGACAUAGCCCACAGCCAACUUAUUGAUGAAUUUGUGGAUCGAUUCAACCAUUCUGUAGAGGAUCUGCUGCAAGAGGGAGAAGAAGCUGAUGAUGAUGACAUAUACAAUGUGCUCUCCACAUUAAAGAGGUUAACCUCUUUUCACAACGCUCAUGAUCUCACAAAAUGGGAUCUGUUCAGUAACUGCUACAGAUUACUAAGAACUGGAAUUGAACAUGGAGCUAUGCCAGAACAGAUAGUUGUUCAGGCACUGCAGUGUUCCCAUUACUCUAUUCUCUGGCAGCUGGUGAAGAUCACUGAAGGCUCCCCUUCCAAAGAGGACUUGUUGGUAUUGAGGAAAACUGUGAAAUCCUUUCUGGCUGUCUGCCAGCAGUGUCUAUCAAAUGUCAACACUCCAGUCAAAGAACAGGCUUUCAUGCUGCUCUGUGAUCUCUUGAUGAUUUUUAGUCAUCAGCUGAUGACUGGAGGUCGAGAAGGUCUUCAGCCUUUGGUGUUUAAUCCAGAUUCAGGCCUCCAGUCAGAACUCCUCAGUUUUGUGAUGGACCAUGUCUUUAUUGACCAAGAUGAUGAAAACCAGAGCAUGGAGGGAGAUGAAGAAGAUGAAGCUAACAAAAUAGAAGCGUUACAUAAGAGAAGAAACCUUUUGGCCGCCUUUAGCAAGCUGAUAAUUUAUGACAUUGUGGACAUGCACGCAGCAGCAGAUAUCUUCAAACACUAUAUGAAGUACUAUAAUGACUAUGGAGAUAUCAUUAAGGAAACCCUGAGCAAAACAAGGCAAAUUGAUAAAAUCCAGUGUGCAAAGACACUCAUUCUCAGUUUGCAACAGCUGUUUAAUGAGCUUGUUCAGGAGCAAGGUCCCAAUUUGGACAGGACAUCUGCCCAUGUCAGUGGAAUUAAGGAACUGGCCCGUCGGUUUGCCCUCACUUUUGGCUUGGAUCAGAUCAAGACAAGAGAGGCUGUGGCCACACUGCACAAAGAUGGCAUAGAGUUUGCCUUCAAAUAUCAGAAUCAAAAAGGACAAGACUAUCCACCUCCUAACCUUGCUUUCCUUGAAGUGCUUAGUGAAUUUUCUUCUAAACUCUUGCGACAGGACAAAAAGACUGUUCACUCCUACUUAGAGAAGUUUCUGACAGAACAGAUGAUGGAAAGAAGAGAAGAUGUAUGGCUUCCACUCAUUUCCUACAGAAACUCACUAGUUACGGGUGGCGAGGACGACAGAAUGUCCGUUAACAGUGGAAGCAGCAGCAGCAAAGCCUCUUCGGUGAGGAAUAAGAAAGGACGACCACCGCUCCACAAAAAGAGAGUAGAAGAUGAGAGUCUAGAAGGCUCAUGGCUGAACAGGAACGAAAACAUACAUACUCCAGGGACACUGCAAGCGCCACAGCUCACCUCAACUGUCUUGAGAGAGAACACUAGACAAAUGGGGGAGCAGAUCCAGGAGCACGAGUCGGAGCAGGGAUCUGAACAAGAUUUUUUACACAAUCCGCAGAUGCAGAUAUCUUGGUUGGGCCAACAGAAGCUAGAAGAUUUAAAUCGAAAGGACAGGACAGGAAUGAACUACAUGAAAGGGAGAACUGGUGUAAGGCAUGCAGUACGAGGUCUAAUGGAAGAUGACGCUGAGCCCAUCUUUGAAGAUGUAAUGAUGUCCUCACGAGGUCAGCUAGAGGAUAUGAACGAAGAAUUUGAGGACACAAUGGUCAUUGAUCUGCCACCUUCAAGAAACCGGCGAGAACGGGCUGAACUGAGGCCAGACUUCUUUGACUCCGCAGCUAUCAUUGAGGAUGAUUCAGGAUUUGGAAUGCCUAUGUUCUGAAGUCUGGUGAAGACAUUUUACAAAUUUGGAACUCUAUUGUUUAGAGCUAGAGGCCUAUAUACUGUGAUAGCUUGUAUGAAAACCACAUUUUUGAUGUGAUACGGUUUGAUUUUUAACCAAAUGAUUGAGGUCAAUCCCUUUUUGUAGUGACAGAAAGAAGAGGAACUUCUUAAUGACACAAAGGAAUGUUGGCCAAUCCAGUCACCUCAGAAGGGCUGACCUAAAAAAUCAUUUGUAUCCCUGUUCUUGACUGUCCUAAUACAGAUUUUUUUUUUUUUUUCUGGAUGAGGAGGAAGUUUUAAAUUGUUAAGACAGCUGUCGAAAUAAACACUGUUCUACAUAUGUUUUCUGAAAACAACAUUGAGUGAAAACAGAACUUUUUAACUUUAUUUUUCUGCUGUACAAUUUAAAACAGUUUUAACAUUUGCCUUUUUAUGUUUUAAAAGCUAGCCAUUUUUAUUAAACCUAUGCCUAUCAGCCAUUGACUAGCAAUGAUGCUAUAAGCAGGUCAUUCUGGCUACAGAGAAGUGUUUUUGAACACACUGGAUUUGAUUAACAUUAUGGUACGCUUAUAUCCUCUCGUAGGCAUUGAGAAGAACACUCUUAUAGAAGAGGUUAGAAUUCUAAUGACGUGCAUCUCUGCCAAAAAAUUUCAGAUUCUGAUAUGAUAAACCCAGAUUUUAUACUCUUGAGAAGAUUUAUUUUUAUUUAUAAUGGGACAUAAAGUAAGAGAUGUCCAUGAAGCCACUUUUCCAACAGAUGCUGUGUAACAUUCAUUUUAUAUAGCACAUGGGGACACAAAAACAGUAAAUUUUCUAUUGGUACUUGCUCUGUGCAUUUUUAGCAACUUAUACCAGCAAAUAAAGUAUUCUCAGUAAAACACACAAACGGUUCUCAAGUAAUCACUUUGCUGUUUUUACUACCUACUUCAAGCCCUGCCAACCCAAGGUACAUAAACAGCAACUUUCCUAUUAAAAAGAGUAAUUCAAGGGUGGGGGAAAAGGAAUCACUUUAGCAUACUAAAAGCAAUUUUAACUGUACCAUAAAAAAAAAGUCUACUUUCCAUGCCGUAAAUACCCUUUUGCGCUAUUUUUGUAAAUUAAUUUUGCCAGUUAGAAGUACUGUACGUGCUGCAUAGAAAUUUGUGCUUAGAUGGUGAAGUUCUUAAGCUUACAAUGGAAUACAGCUACAUUUUCAGUGUUAACUGUGCAUAUUAAGAGUAAUUCUUUGGAAAAAAAAUAUGAUUUUUCAAAAAAGUUAAAAACAUGAAAAAAACCAAAAAACCCAAAACAUUCUCAGCUAAUUCAUUGUAAUAAGAGAUUUUUAAAUGUCUUCACUAAUUUGGAAUCUCAUUAUGCUUCGAUUUUAUGACUCUGCCUAGUAGCUGCUACUUAGUUAAAACUGGCCUGAUAUCAGAGGUGCUGGCCAUCCACAACUUGCACUGACUCUAGUAUCUCUACAAAUCAGCCCCAAAAUGUUAAUCUUCCUUUCUGCAGUCUAAUCUUAGCAUUUGAGAUACAAAGCAGAUUGACCCACUUGGAGCACAGCAGUUUUAGAGGUGCUUUUUUUUUUUUUUUUUUAGCAACUGCAAAAUAAUCAUGGAGCUUUUUUUCUGUUACGAGCUUAUUGAAAAACAAAACAUUAAUGCCCAGUGCUUACUUGCUGGGAGGGAAAAAAAAAAAAUCUAAUUUUAAAAACAAACCAGCUGAGGUUUGUUCCUUACAACACGUGCAGUUCUCAGACAUGGUUGCCAAAAAUGUUUGACUAGGUAAUUCAGCCAUUCCUCAGAUGUCGGUUGGGUGAUGUCUAAAAACUGAGAAGUAGCUGGAACUUUAUAAAAUAAUGUUACCUCCCUUCCUCUUCUGUUCACCCCAAACAUAACAGGAGUGGGCAGGAAUGGCUGCAUUAAAUUGUCAUCACAAUAACUCUGUGAGCAUAGUAGCAUAACAAAUGCUGCCUGGUUUGAGUCAUAGUCUCAGACGAACCUUGUGCUUCACAGUCCUCUGUGUGGAAAACUGAUUCCUAAUUUAACAUUGUAGAAUACUGUAUAACAAACAUUUAUUAUCACGGUACCUGCAAUGGGUUUCCAGUUCAGUUUGCAGUCAAUAGGUUUUUUGUAUUAUGAGUGUCUCCUUGAUUGGUUUUUGCUAGUAAUUCUGUAAAUUGUACAUUUACAAUAUGAGGUUUUUUUUUUUUCUCCUUUUGUACAAUUUAAAACUGAUGCUUCACCUUUCAUUUAAUAAACUAUUCAAAAUCAUGAGUAUGAUGAGCACCCUCUUCACUAUAACUUUCUUUUAAAUGCUCGUUUGGGCCAUCACAUCUUAUCAUCCCAUUUAUUAGUAGCCAAAGGAAAUACUGAAAGGCAGUUCUCACAUAGUCCAAGCUUCACAACCAGAUGCCGUACAGCUUCCUUACCCGGUCAGCCUCGAAGCAAAGGAAAACCCUGGCUAGUCCUUUAUUUUUAUUUUUUUUCCUCACCACUGUGGUGUAUUAUUUGGGUUUUGGUUGAUCUGGGGGGUUUUAUUGUGAGAUUGCUGUAAAUCCGGUAAGUCAUCACACAGCU